AUAAUAAAAAAAAAGUGAUAUGUUGAUCAACAUAACCUUAGUUAUUCUUCUUUCGUUUUCUUAACGUUAUAAAAGGAAACAUAAAAAUGAGUGAAAAUAAUGAAAACUUAAUGGAUGUGGAAAAUAAUAGUGAAAAUUCCAGUUCAGAUAGUGAAAAUGACGAUGAAGAAACAGAAAAAAUUAAAAUGGCAAAAGCUGAACAGUUGGAAAGAACAAUAUCGAGUAACAAAUAUGAUUACGAUGCCCAUAUAGAGUUGGUACAGUUAUACAGGCAGCUAACAGAUUUUAAGUCUAUGAGUGAGGCUUAUGAAAGAUUCCAUGAAUGCUUUCCGUUAACUCCCAAAUUAUGGCUUGCAUGGAUUAAUGAUGAAAUUUCAGUAGCCACUUCAGAACAAAAAGAACAUAUAUUUGAACUUUUUGAUAAAGCAGUGGAAGAUUAUCUUUCUGUCGAAUUGUGGAUAGAAUAUGCUCAGUACUCAAUUGGAGCAAGUGGUUUGGAGAAAACGCGUUUAAUAAUUGAAAGAGGACUCACAGCAGCUGGUUUGCAUGCUACCAAAGGAUGUUUAUUGUGGGACACUCUUCGAGAACUAGAAUUUGCUCAUUUUUCUUUAGCUCCAAAAGAUUCAGAAGAAUGGAAGCUUCAGGCAAGUAGAUUAGCUGAUGUUUUUAAAAGACAGUUAUCUGUGCCACUGCUGAACAUGGAGAAUACUUAUAAAGAGUGGCAAGAAUGGUUUCAAACCUUACCAGAGGGUACUGUAGACCCUAUAACUGUAGAAUGGGGGUAUAAAAAAGCUCUAAAAACCCUUGAGACAUAUAAACCAUUUGAAGAAAAACUAUUAAUUGCUGAGAAUGAUGUUGAUUUUUGCAAUAUCUAUAAAGAAUAUAUAAAAAUAGUUACUGAUCCAUCUAGUAUUAUGUGUUUGUAUGAAAGGGCUUGUUUAAAGUUAUGUUUAAAUCCGAAUAUUUGGUUGGAUUAUUGUUCUUAUUGCUUUAAACUUGGCGAAACAGCUUUAAAAGUUUGUGAUAGAGCUCUAAGAAAUUGUAGUUGGAGUGAAGAACUUUGGAUUACAAAACUAAGAAUUUUGGAGAAUUUGGAAAGGGACAGCAAAGAGGUUCUUAAUAAGUUUGAAAAAGGAAUAAGCAAUAUAUGUCCACCAGGCUUAGAACUCUGGUUAAGUUACUUGGAAUAUUCAUGCAGAAGUAAACCACCAAUAGAAAAGCUGGACAAACUGUUUGAUCAAGCCAGGCAUCAGUUUACAUAUGAAACUGAUCCAACAUCAAAAAUAACUAAAUGGUUUGCAAUUUCUUUAGCAAAGAGGGGCGAAAUGGCCCAAGCCAAGAAAAUGUGGAAAGCCAUAUUACAAAAACCAGAAAAUAAAGCAAGUGCCAGUGUUUGGUUAGAAUACAUAAACCUAGAAAAGAAAUAUGGAGAUGAAAAUGAAGUCAGAAAUCUUUUUCAAAGGGCGUUGUCAUCUUGCAGUGAUUGGCCCAUAUAUAUUGCAGAGGAAUGGAUGAUGUUUGAAAGAGUUUUUGGUACAUUAAAUGAUGUUUUAAAAUGUUCGGAAAAGUGUAAGGAAUUUCUGCAAAAAGUUGAUCAGACUAUUCAGCAAAGUAGACAAGAAUACAAAGAUGAUAAUAAUAAAAAUAAUACUCCAGGAAAAGGUAAGAAACGAAAGAAAGAGUCAGUGGUGACAACUGUGGAAAGAAAGAAGUUUAAACCUGAACAAAAGGAAAAAGAAGUUGUAGCUGUAAAAAGAGUUCCAAUAGAAAAAGAUCCCACUAAAACAGUGUUUGUUAGUAAUUUACAUCCUCAUGUUACUGAAGAACAAUUGAGGAAAAUGUUCCCCAACUCUGUGAAUUUGGAGCUUGUUCUUGACAAAAAGGGCAAAUCGCGUUGUUUUGGUUAUGUCCAAUUUAGCAUGGAAGAAGAAGUAAUGACAGCAUUGGCUAGAGAUAGAGAACCUCUGGAUGGCAGACCAACAUUUAUUUCAAAUUGUAAACCAGACAAAAACGAAAGAAAAACUACCUUUAAAUAUGCUGCUGAAGUAGAAUCUAACAAACUUUUUGUAAGAGGUCUUCCAGUCUCCAAAAAUCAGGAAGAUGUAGAAAAGAUUUUUAAACCCUAUGGAGCCAAAGCAGUAAGACUUGUCCUCCACAAAAGCGGCCAGCCCAAAGGUCUCGCCUACGUAGAAUUCGAAACCGACAAAGAGGCAUCAGACUGCGUGCCAAAAACGGAUCAAAUGACAGUCGAUGGCCACGUCAUAAGCGUUGCUAUUAGUGCCCCACCUCCUAAGGGUUUAGGUUUGCAACAAAAACCCAGAAGAGACGAGCCAAUCAGACACGCAAGAAGUCAACUCCAGAUGCCCUUGAUGGUUCCGAGAAGCCUACAAGUCAAGAAACCUGAGGAAAGUUCAGGCAGUAAGCCAAAAAGUAAUGCUGAUUUUAGAAGCAUGUUUUUAAAGAAAUAAAUUAUGUGAUUAGAUGUUCUUUUUAAAAUAAAACUAAAAUAAAAGUAA